AUGCGUUUCCACAAUACAGUAGGAUCACCGAAUACGAAAGAAUACCAAACGGUCGAACAAACAAGAUGCCUAACUGCCAUGCACGAGGUCUGGCAUACUGCUAGGUUGCCUAAGCCUAGACAGGGGAAGUCGACAGGCAGAGGUCGGGUUGGAACCACGGACCUUCCGAUCAAUUGUCAGAACCUACGAGGAGUGUUCCACCCUCAACGGGUUUCAUCAAUCACAGGAAAUGUGAUGUAUCAAGGUCAUGAUCCUCGGGAAAGCAUUCAGAACUUUACAGUCGCGGGAAAUCGUUCAGCUUUAGCACCCUUUCGGUGCCUAACUGCCAUGCCACCUGAAGAAAGCACGAGGGCCGGGAUACUGUCAGGUCGCCCGAGCCUAAGCGGAGGAAGUUGA